CCCGGGAGUCCAGAGCGUGUGGGGGGGCUGACCAGAGAGGCUGGGUCCAGGCCUGCGAGGGAACCCAGGAGGAGGGCCAGGGUCUGAGGCCGCCUGCCCGGCUCACAAAUAUUUAACUUUCAGCCAAAGACAAACUCGGCUCUAUUUUGGGAGUGAGCGGCUCCGGGGCGGACUGGGGCUGCUUCCCCUGCAGGCUGGGACCCCGGCGUCCCCCGGCCUCUGGUCUUGGGGACCAGGGGGACCUCGGGUCUGCGGGGGGUCUGGGUUGGGUUCUGGGGAAAAGGCUAAGUCUCCCGAGGCUCCUGGAGGAUUCUGCGGAGCUGGGAAGGUGCGUGAGCGUGCGAGAGCGGGAGCCGUGUAGAACCCUGCUUGGGUGGCCGGUCGCUCGCCCGUCCCUGGCCACUGCUCCUACCCUGCUCUCUAGAUGCCUCACUGGAACCCAGGCCCAGGACUCGCUCCCGACAGGCCAUCCCCCUUCAGUAGCCCUGAGCUCCAGGCCAGGUGCCCCCAGGAGUCCCAGAGUCCUGUGAGUGCCUGAGCGCACGUCUCGGGGCCGCACAGGAAGUGACACGGCGCUGGCCCUGCACGGGAGGCGUGUGCGUUGGCGCGCUCAGUGGCCUGGGCCUCAGUGCUCGGCCUGGGGCCGGGCAGGCCAGCGGAGGCCCGAGGGUGUGCAGGAGCUCAGGAGUAUCUGUGAGUGCAGGAGGAAGCCCACUAUGGCUCCAGCCCCCUGGCCAUGCUGACUGCAGCAUGCAGCAAGUUCGGUGGCUCCAGCCCUCUGCGGGACUCAACCACACUCAGCAAAACAGGCGCCAAGAAGGCAUACGCCGUGGGCAGUGACCUCUCGGCCCCCAAAACCAUGGGCGAUGCCUACCCAGCCCCCUUUGCGAGCACCAACGGGCUGCUCUCGCCCGCGGGCAGUCCCCCGGCUCCCGCCUCCGGCUAUGCCAACGACUACCCUCCCUUCUCCCACUCCUUCCCCGGGCCCACGGGCGCCCAGGACCCAGGGUUGCUAGUGCCGAAAGGGCACAGUUCUUCCGACUGCCUGCCCAGUGUCUACACUUCUCUGGACAUGGCACACCCCUACGGCUCCUGGUACAAGGCGGGCAUCCACGCAGGGAUCUCGCCGGGCCCGGGCAACGCUCCCACCCCUUGGUGGGAUAUGCAUCCUGGGGGCAACUGGCUCGGGGGUGGGCAGGGCCAGGGCGAUGGGCUGCAAGGAACGCUGCCCGCAGGCCCUGCCCAGCCGCCACUCAACACCCAGCUGCCCACCUACCCCUCCGACUUCCCCCCGCUGAACCCAGCCCCCUACCCGGCUCCUCACCUCCUGCAGCCUGGCCCCCAGCACGUGCUGCCCCAAGAGGUCUACAAGCCCAAGGCCAUGGGCAAUAGCGGGCAGCUGGAGGCGGGGGGAGGCGCCAAGCCCUCCCGGGGCACGGGCAGCGGGAGCAGCGGGGGCUACGGGGGCAGCGGGGCCGGGCGCUCCUCCUGCGACUGCCCCAACUGCCAGGAGCUAGAGCGGCUGGGGGCGGCGGCCGCGGGGCUGCGCAAGAAACCCAUCCACAGCUGCCACAUCCCCGGCUGCGGCAAGGUGUAUGGCAAGGCCUCACACCUGAAGGCCCACCUGCGGUGGCACACGGGCGAGAGGCCCUUCGUCUGCAACUGGCUCUUCUGCGGCAAGAGGUUCACCCGCUCGGACGAGCUGGAGCGCCACGUGCGCACCCACACCCGCGAGAAGAAGUUCACCUGCCUGCUCUGCUCCAAGCGCUUCACCCGGAGCGACCACCUGAGCAAACACCAGCGCACCCACGGCGAGCCGGGCCCCGGCCCGCCUGCCAGCGGCCCCAAGGAGCUGGGCGAGGGCCGCAGCGCGGGGGAAGAGGAGGCUGGGCAGACGCCCCGAGCCGCCGCCUCGCCGGCUCCCCCUGAGAAAGCCCCGGGCGGCAGCCCGGAGCAGAGCAACCUGCUGGAGAUCUGAGCUCUCUGCCCGGGGCGUCCGUGCCCAUCUUCCGGGAGGGGGGCCCCCUGGACCACUGCUUGCCCCAAGCAUGCUGCCCCUCGGGGGCUCUCUCAGCUCUCCCCUGGCCAGCGGGGUCCUGGGUGCUCCCUGCAUGCCUCCUCUGCUCCCCUCCGCCCCCUGCCUUGAACCCAUGCAGCAAAAAAGUGCUCAUCUCAGGCCCUCACCCUGCACCCCACUUCCUUUUGCCUAUGGUGGAAGCACUUCCCGUUCCGUUCCUUUGCUCACAACUCUCUCUUCUGUGUCUCGGCGGCGCCAACUUCCCUUCGACCUGGCUCCCCGCACUUUCUCCCUCCUUGACAUGCGUCCUUUCCGUUUCCCACGCUCCCUGCCGCCUUCUCCCUUACUCAGCUGCCAGGCUCCUGUCUUCCCCUUUCCGACAUCUUCCCCACUGCUGUCCAUGCCCUUCAGUGUUCUUCCUUUUCACAAACACAAGAUGAUGAUGAUGAUGAUGAUGAUGAUGAUAAUUUAUUGCCCCCUGGUGGCCUCUUCAUUAGGGACCACAGUUAGGGAGCUUGGGGAUUAGUGACCUGGCAGGGAGCAGGGUGCCAAGAGGGGGGCAGACCAGUGGGGGAUCUGAGCCCGGGUCAGGGAGGCUGCCCCCAGGCCUAUCUAUUUAACCCCUAUAUUCCAAGAGAAAUGAAUAGUAAUAAUAAUAAUAAUUCUAUUUAUCUAAGUUAUGAUGCGAGGUCAGAUGAAGAGAACUGGUGAGGGAAGGAGAUCCAUUUCUUUUAUUUUCUUUUUUUGUUUUGGGCCCCACCCCCCGCGGUGCUUGGGGAACCAUGUAGACCUGGGGAUGGGAACUGGGGCUCCCGCAGCCCAGGGCCUGUGCUCGGGCCCUGUGAGCUGUCUCCGGGGCCCCGAGAUCCAUCUCUGCUAAGGAAAAUUUAGCCAAAUUCAGCUGUGUGUGUAGAAAAAGUGUUAGUGGAGAUCUUGUUCAUAGAAUUUCUGUCAUCAGGAUAGGACUGAGUGGGGUUUUUCUUUUCACAGAAACGCUGCCAGUAGGGUCGGUGAUUUGAGUACAUGGGGUAACUCACACAGGGGGGUCCCUGGCAUUUUCAGCCUUGGCCAGAAGCUGUGAAUCUGAGUACUCUGGAGUGAGAACUGGGAUAUUCCCCCAGCUCCCCGAAAACCCCAGGGCAGGUUCUCCCACUGGCCCUCUCCUGACUCGGUGACCCCAUCGGGCUAAUGCCUUGUUACCAUGGUCACGGAGACUUUGCAGCUGCCGGUUCAGACCUGCUCCUUGGGGAGGCUCCCCCAAGCGGAAGAAGCCAUCGGGUUGACGGUGGCCUUGGUGAAGGAGGGCUGGCGAAGGCUUCCUCGGGGGUCACAUUCAAAUACAUCAAGUAUUUACUGAGUCCCUGCUCUGGGCGAGGCACUAGGCUCCGCCUGGCUUCUAGAAGCCACAAGAAGGAAGACUUGAUGGAGCUAGGAGGGCAGAGGCCCCCAAGCUGUGGGCUUGUGAUGGGGGGCACCCCGAGUCUCCGACGCCUCCAGUGACUUUCAAAGCCGCUUCGUGCCUUCGAUUGCCUUUCCUGUGACUCUGAAUCCUCCUUUUCUCUCUCCUGCUCCCUCACAGCCCCAGGUGAAAGGGUUCACGCGCCGCGGGAGCUCGGGGAGAGGGUAAUAUUGUGGAAGGGAAAGGAUCGUGCCCUCAUGGAGUCUUUUUAAAAAGAAAAAUUAUUUAAUAAAUAAAAGUUUUGAUUUUAA